CCUGCGUAUGGCCGCAGCCGGCGGCUGCAACGCUAUGGGGGAUGCAUAUUUGGAGCGAAAACAUUAGUUCGCAGUUUGAAUUUGCAGCGCAAAUCGCAGAGCGAGAAGCCUCAAGUGCAGAGGAACGUCCCUAACACCAGGAAUGAGCAGAAGCAUGCGUAAGUGAAGCGCAACGGCCCACUUUCGGCACGGUCUUUUUGCAGUGCUCGACCCCAAGUUUCGACAGAGCUGGGCCCAGGCGCGGAGUAGGGCGCACUGUUGCAACCAGGUAGCGCAACCUGUCCAGGCCUAAGAGCGGACGACGCACUGCACGCACAAAAGCGCGUUUAUGAAACGUAAUCUACAAAAUUAAUGUAAUGGCCGUGUCAUCGAGUAAUUUGCCGUCACAGAAAUAGCCGGGACGUCUAAGUUGGCCACAGAAGGUAGCGAAUAGUUUUGCAGUCGGUGCGCGCCCAGUGGGGCCGACGUUUUGCACAGCCAACCUCUCCGGUGUCGCAAGCGUUCCGUGUCAGCAAGGUUCAUCGGCUCUUCCCCGCGCCUAACGACGCGUCAGAUGACAGCGAUGGACAGCGUUACCAUUUCGACGUCGGGAACGAAGCCGUGAACCUCUUUGAUUUAAGCACCGUUUUCUCGCACUUCGCGCGCGCCCCGCACUGUCACCAAAGUCGCGCAAACUUUUGCGGCGAGCGCGCGAGUUCUAGCCUCGACGCCAGCGCGUCCCUUCGUCGUCUGUUUCGGAAGAAUCGUCUGCAACCGCGAGAGACAGCUGCAGCAACGGCACUAAAAGCCGCUUAGCAGCAACGGCAACCAAGUGUCGGAAAUCGUGAGACAAAACUAGGUGACUGCCACGGAACGCGGGAUCGUUUUCGUGAACUUUGUGCCGUCGUGCCGAACUUGUAUGCCAAGCCGAGUCAAAGGCGAGAGAAAGGUGGCAGCCGAGAAAGUUUUUCCUCGCUGGUAACCUCGGCUCCAGCGUACAGGCGACCAAACCCCACGCUGUGUGUGUUUUGUGCGUGCGUGCGUGCGGUUUUUUGUCGCCGGUUGAAUGGGGCGCCUUGUCGUAAAAAAGCGAGUAGCGUAGACAGGCUGCAAAAGCGACGGGACCCGAUGCUGACGACGUCCGAGGCGGCGGCAUGCGAAAGUUGUCCAAGUCCAAGAGCGGUGACAAGGCGGCGUCGUCGUCGGCGUCCGGCGGGUCCCACGACGCGACGGCGCUGCGCCUAGCCAGCUACCGCGCCGGCGAAGUGUCCGUGCCGUCGUCGACGGAAAGCCCUAAGGUUAGUCCUAGCUCGCCCGAAGACGAUCACGGGCCGAGUUCGUCGGAACCUGUUGCCUCUUCGGAACGACGUGUCAUGAGCGGUCUCGACCAGCCCUCGACGAGCCGGGGAGACGUCGUCAAGGAGAAAAAGCUGAGCUCGGGGUCGCUCGGAAGCGGCGAUGCAGCAAGGCCGAAACAGGUGACCGUCACGCACCCUGGGACAACAAAGCCCAAGCCAACUUCCAAAAAGAAGGGCUCCAUCCAAGCAGAUCUUCUGUACGCUCAGUGCCACAGCUCGUCGCAGCGCAUCAUGGCCGGAGUGAAAUUUAAGAUGGACGAGUGGCUGAACAACCUCUCAAACAAGGUCAAGACGGAUGUAUCAAAAGAGCUGUGUCGCUGCCGGGACCAAGGUGCCACACGCCUGGACCUCAGCAAAUCCAGUAUCACGGUGCUGCCAUCGUCAGUGCGUGAGCUUAGCCACCUGGAGGAGUUCUACCUGUACGGCAACAAGUUGGCCACGUUGCCCGACGAGCUGGGCAGCCUGGUCCACUUGGAGACGCUGGCACUCUCCGAGAACUCCCUCACCACGCUGCCGGACACGCUCGCCAACCUGAAGCAGCUGCGCGUGCUCGACGUCAGACACAACAAGCUCAACGAGAUCCCCGAAGUUGUGUACAAGUUGACAUCGUUGACAACAUUGUUCCUGCGCUUCAACAGGAUACGAGAAGUCAGCGAGAACAUAGCCAAUUUAACGAAUUUGACGAUGCUGAGCCUGCGGGAGAACAAGAUCCGGGAGCUUCCAGCGGGCAUAGGCAAGCUGACACAGCUGGUCACCUUCGACGCUUCCAACAACCACCUCAAGCACCUGCCUGCGGAGAUUGGGAACUGCGUGCAGCUGUCGACGCUCGAUGUCCAGCACAAUGAGCUUGUGGACCUGCCCGACACGAUAGGCAACCUUAUGGUGCUUUCCCGGUUCGGCAUCAGGUAUAAUCAGCUGACAGCCGUGCCAAAGUCCCUGAGCAAUUGUGUUCUCAUCACGGACUUCAACGUCGAGAGCAACUUGGUCUCCCAACUACCCGAAGGACUUCUAGCGAGCUUCACGAAUCUGCACACCCUCACCCUGUCACGAAACAAUUUUGCAUCGUACCCCUCAGGGGGUCCGGCCCAGUUCACUACAGUCACCUCCAUCAACAUGGAGCACAACCAGAUAAAUAAGAUCCCCUUUGGGAUCUUCUCGCGCGCCAAGCACCUGUCCAAGCUCAACAUGAAGGAGAACCAGCUCACGUCGCUACCCCUUGACCUGGGCACGUGGACGACCAUGGUUGAGCUGAACCUGGGCACGAACCAGCUGAGCAAGAUCCCCGACGACAUCCAGUACCUGGUGUGCCUGGAAGUGCUCACACUGAGCAACAACCUGCUCCGACGCCUGCCCAGCACCAUCGGGAACCUGGCUGCACUGCGUGUGCUCGACCUCGAGGAGAACCGCCUCGACAGCCUGCCUAACGAGAUCGGUCAUCUGCGGCAGCUGCAGAAGCUAGUCGUCCAGAGCAACCAGUUGACCAACUUGCCGCGCGCCAUCGGCUACCUGAGCAACCUCACCUACCUGAGCGUUGGGGAGAACAACCUGAACCAGAUUCCUGAGGAGAUUGGCACCCUGGAGAAUCUGGAGUCCUUGUACAUCAACGACAACCCGAACCUACAUAGCCUACCGUUUGAGCUGGCCCUGUGCACCAACUUGCAGAUCAUGAGCAUCGAGAACUGCCCCCUGUCACAGAUACCUGCCGAGAUUGUCAACGGCGGGCCCUCGCUUGUCAUCCAGUACCUCAAGAUGAAGGGACCCUACCGGACGCUGUGACAUCCAUCCAACACGGAGACCGCCCCCUGUGGCAAGUGUCUCCACCACACCGGUGGCAAGAAGCGGUGGCGCCGCCUGGUCGAGACCCGGUGGCCCGCACUCUUAGCGGGAGCCAGGUGCAUCCGCCACGCGCUGUUCAAGCUCUGAGAGCCGGCUUCAGCCGCCAGUGCUUCUGCGACCUAUUCUACGGCAGUGGGUGCAGCGCAAAGGACUCGCUUGAAGGGCCUUUCGCCGAUAACGAUUGCUCGCUCGUUUUAACUUCUCAAACGUGCCAAUUGCGACACUUUCUAGAGCCUGCCUGAAGUUGCCGGAAUUCCUGCUUGUGGCUCUGAGAAACCGAAGGAACUACAUGGUAAAGGUGCAAGCAUGGGUGAUGGAAGUGCUCUGGGUCAAUGACCUUUCUGGCUCUCAGCAUAGAGAACGUCCCGUUACAGCUGUAGCUUUAAUGCAGACACCGAUGCAUUGCGACGAAACUGGCAGAUGAGCGCUUGAAAUGUGGGAGAAACUGCGUAAGCACCGAGGCAUACACACACGCACAUUCGGUCAGGCCAGUUGUUCGUAACGCAGCAGCACAAACUUUUGGUGCUGGCUGCCCUGGCGCGAGCCAAUGAAUGCGCUUUUGGGCAGCAGUAUCGACGUAUACCCUCACAAUGCUAACAUUCAUCGGUGCUGCGAAAUUCACUAGAGGAGCCGCGUUCUCCCCUUGAAAGGAUCAUAGGACAGAAAGCGGUACUCAAGUGCGACAAGUUGUACACACCACAUUGUUGCUGGCAGUGGAGGUCAUCAAGACGUCAGCUUGCUGAAGAAUGGUUGGCUGCCAACUUCAACUUGCAUUGUCAGUUUUGUCCGAAAGACAUUCUGCUACGUCGCCCCCUGUUCUUAUCUCGGUGCAUCUGCAUUUAGGCAGUGAAGGUGAUUUCCGUGAUUUUGAGAAGAGUUCAGCCGACAACUAGCGAGUCAACAGACGCCCUUAGCCACGGAGGCAUGGAAAAGCAAGAGCCUGCUGCGGAAAGUGGUUUCGGCAUAUCGAUGCCAAGUUCUUUUGCCGAAAAGAAAUCGGAGGUCAUUUCGUCUUCCGGCCCGUCUAAUCAUAGCUUGUUGUCCAAUGUGUUGAUUUCUAUUUUUUUAAUCGCUGGCAGCAGCGAAAGAAAAUUUGGUUUACAAGCUGCUGACAUGGCUGCCUGGAGUUUGCCAUGAUGUAUGCCUGCGUCCACGUGACGCACCACUGGGCCUUUGCCUGCUUAGAUGUUUUAAGAAACGCCCCUUUGUUUCAUCAAGAAGUAGUUGGUGGCAUACCGAAAAAAAUUUCAUCUCAGAGCCAAGGAAGAAUGCAAGAACAAAAACUCUGACCAAGUAUGCAAGGGCUUGCCACAUCUUGAAAGUGUACAGAGGAAAUUCGCUGGCUUCACAAAAGUCUGGCCUUUUGCAUCUGCUGUUUGUUGCAUCGUCUCACCAUUACUUACCCCCCCCCCCCCCCCCCCCUGUGCCAGUGCGUGCCGCUAACCUAAUUUUUUAUCGCAUUUCACCGUUUUUUCGGCCGUGCACGUGACGUGGUCUUGUCGACGAAGCGUCGCCAACGAAAAAGCGUUUGUUUCGACGUUAAAGUUGACGCAGCGUUAGUUCGACGUACUGGACUGCUGUGACACUUCUCCCUCCUUCCCGAGGAAGUGACGGACGGCUUGUUUAAAUGACGACAGCUGCGCUGAGGGGGAAAAAAAAUGGACGGCUAACAAUGUCGCCAAAUGUUGAAAACUUGUUCCGCGUGGAGCCAAAGAAAGAAAAGUGAUUCCUUUACUGUUCAUGCAGCAAUUAUUUAUAUACUCUCGCUUUCUCUUUUUCUCGCAGUUUUUUUUAACUCUUGGUGGCCAAGCAAUGGCGUUAUUUUUUAAGCCCACCCUUUGCCUAUGCUACAUAAUUUCGUGCAUUGUUUUUUUUUAAUACUUAUGCCAUUUGGCUGCUUCUUUUAUCAACUUUUUCGUUAAACAGUAAUUUUGCUUUUUAAUUGCGGAAUGUCCCCCGCUUCAACAUUAUUGUCACCCAUCUUUUUCCCCCGAGACUCGCGUCCAAUGAUUCGGUGCUUCUACGGUUACGCUGAGCUGGACUUGCAAGCCAUUGUUGGAUUAUAUUUUUUUGUUUUCUGUUGAGUGGGGAUGAUUUCACAAAAGGCUGCAUUUUUAGCCAAUAAAAUUGAAGAACAUUUAUUCUGAAA